AUGCGUCAAGAUACAAAACAAAUGUCAGGACAAGAUUUACAAUUUGCACCAUUUCGUUCAUUAAAUGAUUUUAUUCUUGAUGCAACAUGGAAUAUACCAAAUUUUUCGGAUUUUCCACGUUUAAAUAAUCGUAUUGUUAGUAAUUUAAUUUAUUAUCAAACAAAUUAUUUUGUUUUUGGAAUUGUUCUAUUCCUUCUUGUUGGAAUUAAUUAUCCAGUGGAUUUUCUUUUUGGUUUAGUUGUUGUUAUGGCUGUAUUAAUGGGUUUUGUUUAUAUAUCAUCAGCACCUAGAGUUGGAAAUAAUCCAUUAGCAUCAGUCGAACAUUUUUUUCGUUCAGCUAAAGAAGAUCGACCAAUUAUUGUUCUUAUUGCUUUACUUGGUAUAUCAUAUUUUAUUUUAAGUUUUCUUGGAAAAUUAUUAAUUUUCUUUAUUGGUAUUGUUUUACCUAUUCAAGCCAUUAUUCUUCAUGCAACAUGUCGAAAACGAACUUUGGCAAAUAAAGUAGCAAAUAAAAUUGAUCAAAUUGGUAUUCAAUCAACACCAAUGGGUAUUUUUCUUAGUGCACUUGGAUUACGAAAUCCAGCACUAUUGGAGUAA